GGGCCGACGCCUCAGGCAGCCCGAGCGGGGAGAGCGUCAGAAACUACAGGUCCCGGCGUGCCUCGCGGGCGGCCGCCAUUGCCUUGCCGCCAAACGUCGCCACAGCUCGCGUACGGUAAAUGUCGCCGUAUGAACUUGUUGGGAGAAACCAAAGCACGAAAUGAGGAAAUGGGUAGCGCUUAAACUAAAUUAAUUGAAACUUUGUUUUGUUUAUUAUUUAUGUAUUUAUGGAGUGACAAUGGAUUACGAUUUCAAAACCAAACUAGCCGCGGAACGAGAGAAAGUAGAAGAUCUGUUUGAAUAUGAAGGCUGCAAAGUGGGUCGGGGAACCUACGGGCAUGUUUAUAAAGCCAAAAGAAAAGAUGGGAAGGAUGAAAAGGAGUAUGCUCUUAAACAAAUUGAAGGCACUGGCAUCUCCAUGUCUGCAUGCAGAGAAAUUGCAUUGCUCCGAGAGUUGAAGCAUCCCAAUGUGAUUGCUCUGCAGAAGGUGUUUCUUUCACAUAGUGAUCGAAAGGUCUGGCUACUGUUUGAUUAUGCAGAACACGAUUUAUGGCAUAUCAUUAAAUUCCAUCGUGCUUCAAAAGCAAAUAAAAAACCUGUUCAGCUGCCAAGGGGAAUGGUCAAAUCUCUACUUUAUCAGAUACUUGAUGGAAUUCAUUACCUUCACGCAAACUGGGUGCUUCACAGAGAUUUGAAACCAGCUAACAUCUUGGUAAUGGGGGAAGGGACAGAACGAGGACGGGUGAAAAUAGCUGACAUGGGUUUUGCCAGACUCUUUAACUCUCCACUGAAACCUUUGGCUGAUUUGGAUCCAGUGGUGGUAACAUUUUGGUAUCGUGCACCAGAGUUACUGCUGGGAGCCAGACACUACACAAAAGCAAUUGAUAUCUGGGCAAUUGGGUGCAUUUUUGCAGAACUUUUAACUUCAGAACCCAUCUUCCAUUGUCGCCAGGAAGACAUCAAAACAAGUAAUCCCUUCCACCAUGACCAGUUGGAUCGUAUUUUUAGUGUUAUGGGAUUUCCAGCAGAUAAAGACUGGGAAGAUAUCCGGAAAAUGCCUGAAUACCCAACUCUGCAGAAAGAUUUCAGAAGAACGACGUAUGCAAAUAGCAGCCUCAUAAAAUACAUGGAGAAACAUAAAGUCAAGCCUGACAGUAAAGUCUUCCUGCUGCUCCAAAAACUCCUGACUAUGGAUCCAACCAAAAGAAUCACCUCUGAGCAAGCCCUACAGGACCCCUACUUCCUGGAAGAACCUUUGCCUACGACAGAUGUGUUUGCAGGUUAUCAGAUACCAUACCCUAAGCGAGAGUUUCUAAAUGAAGAUGAGCCAGACGAAAAAGGCGAAAAGCAGCAAACCCAACAGCACACAACUCAACAGCAGAAUCAGCAGCAGCAACAACAAGCACCCCAGCAACAAAACAGCACACAGACAAAUGGGACAGCUACUGCAGGAGGAACUGGAGGAGGGCUCCAGCAUAGCCAGGAUAGCAGUCUCAAUCAGGGACCUCCAAACAAGAAGCCUCGAAUAGGCACCACCACAACAUCCACUGGAGGACCUGUUAUGACAUCUGAUUAUCAGCACUCCAAUCCACGCUUGGGUUACCAAAGCAGUGUGCAGAGCUCAUCCCAAUCCCAGGGCACUAUGGGAUAUUCCUCGUCAACUCAGCAAAGCUCUCAGUAUUCACACCAGCCCAACAGGUACUGCUAAGAACUGCUGGCAUUGGUUCAGCAAGGACUUCCAGGAAGCCUUCAGCAAUAGUAUGGUAACGGUUCCAGUUAGAGGAGCCAAAAAGACUUGAUUGACGCAUGUAAGUUAUCUCAUUUUCAGAUCUAACAACUGGUAUUAUUUAGUGAAGAUUAGGGGGAAACUACUCACAAGAGAACGUCCUGACUGUCUGGAAAUCUUUCCAUUAUUGAUGCCACUGAGAAGAUUCCUGUCAGCACCAUUUCUCUGAGACUCUCUGUAAAUAUCUUGUAAAAAGCAAGAAGAUAACUUCUUACCCAGCACUAGAGUUCCUCCACUAAGGAGCAGUUGAAACAUUUUCACUGUGUUUUUAGAGCACUUUUUGAUGCAGUAACAGGAUUUCCUGUUGCUUAUGCUAAAAUCUAAAUGUAGGAAUUCCAUGCUUCAGGUAUAAGGCCUGCCUGAGUAGUGUUUAACAUUAUGGAAAGAAACAAUGUUUUUUAUAUGUAAACACUGGUACACAAUGAUUUGGUUAACUUUUCAAGCACUAUACCAGUUUAUGCAAUGUGGCUCUUUCUGCUUUUAAAUCUGCAAUUUGUAAUAGGAACUUCUUUUUAUUUUAUCUUCCAAACAUCAACGUAUAUUUCACAAAGGUAUUUUUUAAAUAUAUAUAUAUAUUAACUAUUUUUCCCUAACAUUAAAAC